CUGUCAUCUGCCCUUCAAAACUGGCCUAGUGCCGGGGAGGUGUUCCAUUUCAGAGGCAGGGACAUCUUCUACAGAAGUGAGAGAGACUCAAUGCUCAGUAGUAUUGUUAAAUACCCCCAUGGGUUGUCAAGAGUGUUGUAAUGGUAUCCAACUGUGACUAUGGCUGACAAUAGUUAUUGUUUUCAUUAUCCUUUCAAUUUAUGAUUAAUCGUUUAACUUAAUUGUCACUUAAGUAGUUGAUUGAUUGGUGAGUCAUCUUAGCUUCAAAUGUGACUUUUCAGAGACAUAAAUCACACAUAAAGUCACCGCACAUCGUCACACAUCAUCAUUAAUGCCAGCAGUCACAUUUAUACUUGGAAUAAAACCUGCAAAAAAUGUCACUGUCCUUUCUUUGUGUUGUAAACGUAUUUGCCUCUGUGCCUAUACAUCCAUGCAUUUCUCUUUUCUCCUUUCUUCAUAUGGGGCUUUGGGAAGCUCCGAUGUCAUCAUUUUGCUCCAUGGCUUCCCCACCUCCAGCUUCGACUGGAACAAGAUCUGGGAGCCACUCACUCAGCGCUUCCAUCGAGUCGUUGCACUGGACUUCCUGGGCUUUGGCUUCAGCGACAAGCUGCGGCCCCGCAGGUACUCCAUCUUCGAGCAGGCCAGUGUGGUGGAGGCCCUGGUGGCUCACUUGGGUCUGAGCAACCAGUGAGUGACUCUGGUGUCCCAUGACUAUGGAGACACUGUGGAGCCGCUCUUCAGGUAUGUGCAUGAUGAAUUGCUGACUGCCCUGACGUGUGCGUGUUUUAAGGUGCCAAACAUUGGAUUAUCUGAUGAACUUUCUCUCUGGACUCUGAAUGAGCUCUCCAUCUUCCAAUUCAUGCUAAUUUCAAUCUUCUCCCUGUACUGCUCCUUUUGGACAUGGAUGUAUUUUGGAUGGCAAGGCUUCUUACUCUCUUGCUUUGUACUAUGUCAGUUGUAUGAUGUUCUACCCCCCUGGUGGUCAUAUGUUGAAAUUCCAGUUGAUCCUUUCUGAAUGAUCCAGGGAUGACUUGAGCUUUCUACGUACACACUUUGUUUCUUCCCUCAGCAAAUGGCCAAUGUAUUUGUUUAUUUUUUUUAAUACCAAAAACUGACAGUAUAAUUAAAUGUUCUUUAAAAGAGGGGAAUUCUUCUUAAAGCCAUAGAUAAAGCAUUGCUUUCAAUCUGCUCAAACAUAAAUGUGGUUUACCUCAGCAUCUGCCAAUGUUUUGUCUUCUGUAACACUGGGGUUCCUGGGGGCCAGAGUGCCACACAAGACCCUCAUGAUGUUAGUAACCAACAAAGCCAGUCCAGGAGAACAGGAAGCCACUCCAGCCAAUUGUCGUUUUUUUUUUUUUUUUUUUUUUUUUAAAGACCUUGCCUUACUUUUUGUCUUCAUAUUUUGUGCCACUGUUUAUCAAUGUUUUAUCAAAAAUGGUUGUGUGUGUUGUUCAGAGUUGACUUCUGUCUGUAUAGUUUAACCUGUGUUAGCCGACUGGCUAACACUGGCGCAUUUACAGAAAUGUUGAUUAAUGUGUGUUGUCCUUUUUAUAAAUAAAGAAUAAGUUUUAUUUGAAUGGUGUAUCUGUAAUAAAAGGGUUUUCUAUUCAAAACCA